GGAAUUCCGCUAACGAUUCGUGCUGCAUUGCACAAGACUUUUCUAAUAAUGCAAAAUUUACUAUGUUAUGCAGAAAAUAGGAAGGACAUCGCCGUUGAUGAUUUUAUUACGUUGGGGAUUAGAUUUUUCACUGGACAAGGAAUGGAAAUCUAUUUUAGAGACAUUCAACAAUGUCCAACUUUUGACGAUUACAAAGUACAAGUUCUUGGCAAAUCUAACGCUGUUUUAAAGUGGGGAGUCCAGAUGUUAGAAUUCUGCGCCAAAAAGGAGAACACCAACUUUAGUGAAGAUCUAUACACUAAAAUAGGCCUCGUUCUUCAAAUAUAUGACGACUACCUUAAUUUACACAGCGCUAAGUACGCCACAGUUCGUGUCUUCUGUGACGAUCUUGACGAGGGAAAAUUCACCUUUCCUAUGAUUCAUGGCAUUCAAAGUCACCCGAAUGAUCAUCGGCUUUUGGAUAUGUUAAAACGAAGACCAUUGGAUAUGGAAAGUAAGAAACUUUUUGUCGACAUACUGGAAAGUUUUGGAAGUUUCGAGUACACGCGACGGGAAUUGGAAAAGUUGAAAAUUGGAAUUUUGACUGAUGCAGACAGUAUGAAUAUGGGAAAAAAUCCAUAUUUGGAACGAAUUCUGGAAGAUGUGUUGGGUAAUUUGGAAACGGAAAUCUAUUACGAUGGUUGUGACUAAAAUAUACAUAUACA